AUGUUGUAUGUAUACAAACCCAAAAAGUUCAUUUGCAUUCCGUUUUGGGUUCAUUUGAGUUUCAUUUCGCAUUCCACCAUUUCUUUCUCUGUUCUUCACGCACACCGCAAUUAAACCUAUGCAUACACACAGAUAUGUAUAGAUCUCUCUCGAUUGUACGUAUAUGUAUCGCUACUUGAAUCGCUACGUAAACAAAAAAAAUCUCAGUAAUUUAUGAAAUUUCCUCUUAAAUUUGCAAAUCGAAGACCAAAAAUUUUUCAGAUCGGAGAUUUAAACAGCUGAAAAGGUGAAGGUGUUUGAUUUUUUUUCUAGAAGUGAAGCAGCGAAAAUGCCGGGGCACGUGGAUCUGGAUAGGCAGAUAGAGCAAUUGAUGGAGUGCAAGCCGCUAUCGGAGGCGGAUGUGAAGAUUUUGUGCGAACAGGCGCGUGCGAUUCUGGUGGAGGAAUGGAAUGUGCAGCCGGUGAAAUGCCCCGUCACUGUGUGCGGCGAUAUCCACGGCCAGUUUUACGAUCUAAUCGAGCUUUUUCGGAUAGGUGGAAAUGCUCCAGAUACGAAUUAUCUCUUCAUGGGAGAUUAUGUCGACCGUGGUUACUACUCAGUGGAGACGGUCUCGCUCUUAGUGGCUCUUAAAGUUCGUCAUAGAGAUAGAAUCACAAUCCUUAGAGGAAAUCACGAAAGCCGACAAAUCACUCAAGUGUAUGGGUUCUAUGAUGAAUGCUUGAGGAAAUACGGCAACGCCAACGUAUGGAAGUAUUUCACUGAUCUUUUUGAUUAUUUGCCCUUGACAGCACUUAUUGAGAGUCAGAUCUUCUGUCUGCACGGGGGUCUUUCUCCUUCACUUGACACCUUGGAUAAUAUUCGAGCUUUAGACCGUAUACAGGAGGUUCCACACGAAGGACCAAUGUGUGAUCUUUUGUGGUCCGACCCGGAUGAUCGAUGCGGGUGGGGCAUAUCGCCCCGUGGAGCUGGGUACACCUUCGGACAGGAUAUAGCUUCUCAGUUCAACCACACAAAUGGCCUCUCUCUAAUCUCGAGAGCUCACCAGCUUGUCAUGGAGGGUUUCAAUUGGUGCCAGGACAAGAAUGUGGUGACGGUUUUUAGUGCACCAAACUAUUGCUACCGAUGUGGGAACAUGGCUGCUAUACUUGAAAUCGGGGAGCACAUGGACCAGAAUUUCCUUCAAUUCGACCCUGCCCCUCGUCAGAUCGAGCCUGACACAACACGGAAGACUCCGGAUUAUUUUUUGUGAUUUUUCUUUCUUUUCUCGAUCUUCUCGUGAAUUUCGGUUAUGUGGCAAAUUAUAUUUGCCGAAGAACUAAUGAAGGUGGGCGUCCGAGUUCUUUUGUAUAUUUCCGAAAAACAGAAAGUGACAAUGAACAGUUUAUAUUGUGUUCUGUAAUUUACAGGGUUUCUUUAUUUAUUA